CAGGAUCAGCCGGCGGGACGGACGGAACCCUAGUUCUCGCGCAGCCUACCCGCGCAGACCCAAGUCCCCAACACACCAUUUUCAGUUGUUUUUCUUCGAUCAGGGCAUCUGGUCGCCCGUGCUGUAUCCACGUGUUUUGUUGUGUCCGUGCUCGAUGCUUUAAGUAUCUCCACGAUGAGUGUGAAGUGGCUCUGGGCGGUGGCCGCGUGCGCUGUGGCAUGCGCCGGCGCCGAGCGAGGGGGCUCCUCCCUGCGCGGGGCACUCGAGGCGCUCCAGCGGAGGCAGCGGGGACGCAUGCAUCCUCCCAUGGAUCCUCUGCCUGAAUAUGACGCCCUUUACGAAUUCGUUCCACCGCAGGUCUAUCCUGAGCCUGACUACAAUGUAGACGUCGAAGAUCUUGAUGAUGACUCAAAUACAAAAUAUAUAGUCAAACUUUUGGAAGAAAAUGAGAGACCACAGGAAGCCUAUGAAUACAAAUUAAUAAAAAAAAAGAAUUCGCAUCCUGAAACUGUUUCAAAUAAGAAAGAAUCAGCCUUUCGUGAAAGAAGUCAUCAUCCCGACAAUGAUAAACUUCGAGAAUUGUUUAUAGGGAAAAACGACGCAGAAGAAAAAAAAGAGCUUCAAGAGAAAGCACAAACCGACAAAGAAUAUGCAUUGCUGUUGGGUGAACUGUGGUCAAAGUAUAAAUACGACAAGGGAAAGGCGGAGCCUGCUCCUCCAGGAGUUGUUAAAUUAUACAAGGAGAAAAUAGUUAAGAAGAGAUAUCCGAACAAUUGGGGACCCAUAGCAUUCAAAAGAAAGCGAAGCUCUGACUCAGAUGCUGAUCGCCCUAUAUCACCGGAUUAUGAGACUGAUAGAAAAAUUGAAAAUGUUCUCGACUCAAAUUACAAUACUUACGAAUUGCCCAAUGAUGACAAGGAAGACCUUCGAGAAGAAUAUGCAAUCGCUUUUCAGCCCUUAGAUGAUGAUAGUCUCUCUGAUUUGGCUGAUGAUGAUCAGUAUACAUACGAUUCCAUAGAAAAACGAUUCCCUGUGACUAAACGCAGUAGUGGACCUUACGAUUUCAACAUUAAAAAGAAAAGAUUUGCCCUAAAUCAGAACAAACGUGAAACUUCUAAAACGUUUAGGAGCAGUUCCGGGACAGACCCGAAAAUUAUUAGAGACUUAUCAAGAGUUUUUGGCAACCCUGAAUCUGAAAUUAAAAAUCCAGUAAAGCGAAGUAGCGACAACCAAGAAUCUCAUGAUGGCAAACCGCCUAUGCUACCUCAAGCAAAUACUAAUACAACUCACGAACAUCAUAAUUCUACUGAUCUAAAAGGAAAUGAUCAAGAACAUGUCAUGCAUCAUCCUGGUGUACUGAGUAAAGAUGAUGAACAUGACAAUCAUCAACAUGAUCAUAAUGAAAGUGAAAAACCAAUAAUUAUUAAGAAAAAGUCGAUUGAUUGGUCUGACUACUUUGGCAUAGAUAAACGCAAAAAGAGUACGAAAGCAUUUGUAAAUGAUUUAACUCAGGACAAACUGCGAAAACAGUACUUCGAUACUUUCAAUAAAGAAGUUGUUUAUCCUUUAAAUAGUUUUCGGCAACAUAGUAACGUAAAGAGGAACUAUGUGCAAGCUAGCCCAAAUGAAGAAACUGAAAUAGAAAUUGAUAGGCCUCAUGCUGUCCGUAAUGAUGAAAAACGCGAUACAUCAAAAGAAAAUGACGCCAAAUUAGAUAGCAUUGAUAAGAAAUUAAAGACUAUGGAAGGCCUUAUCGUUGAUGAAGCUUUACAUUACACUAACGUAGGUGACGAUUUGGAUUCAAAAGAGGAACAGGAAAUGAAAGAAAAACUAUUGUCACGAUUAGCAGCAGCAUACAGUUUGGAAAAAAUGAGAAAAGCGCUGAAGGAAUUUAAACAGAGUCUCCAAACUCAUAGGGCUGAAAAUGUGGCAUCCCCAAUACCUAUGGAAGAAGCCAAAGCUAAAAGAGUUGCAGUAAAAAAAGAAAAUGUCGAUGUUAACAGCAAUGAAAUCCCGAUUUAUAACAAAAAUAAGGUUGACGAUUUCGAGGGUGAACAGGGCGCAGGGCAUUAUUUGAAUGGCAAAACUGAGGAGCAGUUUUCGGAGGGCUACAUGGGAGGCAGCGGCAGACAUCGUGUUCCAGUAAUAGCAACCGGUGGCCCUGAAGGAUCUUGUCCAGUACUAGCGAAAAUUGUUCAACGAUGCCGUGGAGUCGACUUAUUAGCAGGGGAUCGUGGACAGCUCUUUUUGCCACUAUGCAGUUUGCAUCAAAUUUGUUAUCUCUGUGGUGAAGCACCUCCCACUACAUGCGACCUCGUGUUCCUAUCGGAAGCGGACACCACCUGCGAAGGCGACAUGAGCUGCCAGCGAGCGGCGCGGUCGGCGUUGAUGGCCUUGCGCGAGCUGCACGACAACCUGGCCGACGAGCUGGACGGCGAGUGUGAGGCCAGCCCCUGUCUGCCCGCCACCCUCAAGCUGAACAUCGGCUGGCAGAGAGCCCUCCAACGAUAUUUUGAGGCAGGACUAGAUGUUAAUUCGUGGGGAACGUUUGUGGAUGAAACGGGAAGGAAGACAGUUUUUUUUUUUGUUUUGUUAGUGGUUGUGAUGUCAAAUACAAGAACCGAAGUUUAUUUAAAAGAAAGAAAUGAUAACGGAGUCGAUAACUUGGCGUCAACGUCAGACGACGGGUCUACGUUAAAACCUGACUUGGUGAUAAGUGUGCAGCCGCAACCGAAUGACAGCUAUCGCGCAGAGCUACCCGUCACCACAGAGAACUGGCGCACCAACCCGCGCGGCCAGUUCAUCCCGGUGCACGGCCUGGACUUCCUCAUCGGAGUCACCAGCCUCCUCAUCCAGCAGACUGUCGAGAUAGACGACUUAAUAUCAAAAGUGGAGUCAGAAAACCGGUACAUCGUGCGAGUACCGCACGGAGAGGCUCUGUACAUCGCGACUGAGUCUUCGUCGCAGACGCAGAGAUGCCUCUGCGGCUCCGGAAGGGCCUUCUUGAUGCACCUCCAUGACAGCACGAGGCAAGAAGCCAUAGUGCUGAAGAGGCGGCUGGCUGCGGCUUCGUGCUGUUUCCCUUGUAGGCUGCAGGAAAUGAAAGUGAUAACCCCGCCUGGUGACUACGUGGGCCGCGUGGUGCAACGGUGGUCGGUAGUGCCGUCCUACCUGGUGCGAGAUCUUAACGACCAGGUUCUGUUCGCCCUUGAAGGCCCGGCUGUCCUGCAGCGGAGCGCGCUCAUGCUGUCGGAAUUUAAGAUCAUGACGGGCGACUCGCUCCGGGAAGUGGGCAAAAUCUCCCACGGCUGGGACCGCGACCUGAACAGCUUCGCCACCACCGUCCAAGUCCCCAAUGCCACUGUCCAGCCUAAGCACAAAGCCUUGCUACUGGGAGCCGCAUUCUUAUUGGAAUACACAUACUUUAUGAAAUCUAAGACAAGUUGCAUGCGGUGUUGCUGUUAAUAAAUGAAGGAAAUAAAAGUGAUAAUAUUCUAUAAGCUACGUGAUAUCACAAAUUUGUUAUUUUUUUAAUGUAUUAUGUAAAUUACCUAAAUAAUUACAAAUAAAUACUUACAUUAUUUUCA